UUUUGUAGUUUUACUGGAUUUCAUUAUGGCAACUCUUCUGACGUCACGGCUGUUUCCUCCCCCAGCCUCCUCACUUUGACUCCCUCCUUGUUGUUUAGAGGAGAGACAGCCCCAUCGUCCCAGCUCCUCUCUUCCUCUCUCCUCCUCUUGUUUCAGUCCCGGAGUCUCCAGGCUGGGAUUAUCGGUCGUGAGAAGAUGCGGGCAGCGGCGCACACGCUGGCCGCAGUGCUGGCUCUGUUUGCCGCAGUGUCCGGGUCGCAGGCGGAGGUGAUCGAUGACAUCCUGAGCAGCCUCAACAGGGGAGCAUCCUUCCUGGAGAGACAGCACGAGCACAUCAACCUGGACGGGGUGGUGGGCUUCCUCAUGCUGCAGGCUGAGCUAAAGGAAGCAGUUCGGACGUGGCCUCACACCGACACGGUCAGCUGGGCUCAGAGAACCACCGCCGUCGCUCUGGUCAAGCGUCUCGACCAAAGCUUCGAGAAGGCCGUCACCGCCCUGCAGCAGAACGACGCCAAAUACUACAGAGAGUUUGAGCCCCUGCUGUCGUGGAGUUUCUGGUUGAUCCCUCAGGGCUGGAGCUCCACAGACGCCAGCCUGGUCUACUCCUCCACCAUGACCACAGAGUGCUACGACGAGCAGCUCAGUGACAAGUGUCUGACCCUGCUGCUGGGAACGUGGAAGAUGAACGGGACGCCCUGCAUCGUCACCAAACCCUGUCGGGACACCAUGACCCAAUUCGGUUGUCCACAUUACUCUCUGUCUCACCAGCUGCUCUACUUCAUGAUCGGAAAAAUGAGGGGCUGCACCAACCUGCUGAAAGGCGACACACGACCGUCCCGAGCCAACAUGACCGAACGCAGCUACGAGAAGAUCUUCUGCUCCAACAUGAUGAAGACCAACCAGGACAUCAUCAAAGACGGCCUGACCGAGCAGACGGUGGACAUCUUCAUCGAAAACAUCCUUAUUUGUGGAUUGGCUGGUUUCUCUGACUUCUACAAAGCUGAUUGGCUGCAGCACAUCCUCAGGCUGCAGGAUGAGGAAGUGGGCUGCUUUGGGAGAGACAAGAGCAUCAUCUCUCAGAUCAUUGGAGACGAGCUGCUGGAACAGCUGCAGCCUCACAGGAGAGUGAAGAGGAGGGAGAAAAUACUACCAGAUGGCUGCUCCAGUCACAUGACUGCUGUGGCUGUCGGCGCUCUGGGAGGUUACCUGAACUACUACCUGGCAGAACAGGACAUCACGAAGCGGCCGCUCUCCUGAACGCCCUCACCCGGGGGUUUUCCUCUGAUAAACACUUUGUAGAUCAUCAGGUUAGAGAUGCUCUUCAUGACCCACGACACAAUAUGUUACUUUAUGAACACGGUCGUAAGAUGAUGUAAAUGCUCAAUAAACUCUGGGAUGUGGCUGUUUGACACAGAUUAGACUUCUUCUUUUCCUGCAGAGCUUUUCUUAUUGAUUCGUGUGAUCACAGUGAGGUUGCAGCAUGUGUUGAAUGUGACCUGAUUCAUCUUAAAGAGGCAGGUUUUUUUUUUAAGUUUUGAUGCUCCAAUCCUGCAAACCAGCUUCCACAGUUUCUCUUUGCAGACCUGAUAAAGGGUUACUCUGAAAUAUAGAAAAUGAUUGUCCAUGGGAGUUCAUUUGAUGUCUAUGCUUGGUACUGUUUCCAAUCUACAUGUAGGUAAUAGCUGCAAAAAAUGCUCAUUUGUUUCUGGAUUAAAUCAGGGUUUUUAUUUUAUAUGAAGGCAGACACCGAGCUGCUUUUGAUAAUUAUUCAUCUUUUCAGUCAUUGCUCAAAGAGAAACAUUUUGUGGUAACAGCGUUCUAAGAUGUGAGGAUUGGCUGCUUUUUCUUAGGGAGGAUUUUAGGUGAGCAGCUGCAGGAAGAAUGUGAAGACAGAAGUUCUUUAUCCUGCUAGUUGUAGGGCAGGGUUUUGGAAUUGUAUGUUUUAGAAAGUAACAGAAUAAUCAGAUUUAUCCUACAAAUUUCAGAGAGGAUUAAAAAGAGGGCAUUUAGAUGUUUGAUGAUCUGAAACUUGAUUAGUUUAAAGCUUGCUGGCUUCUUACAGACU